AUGAUGCCCUCCCCAACCACCCUAGCCAUCCUGGCCCUGCUCAUAUUGCCAGGUACUGGCAAGUCAUCUCUUUUCACAUCCCCCCCAUCAUCCCCGUUAAUCGCCAUCUGCCCCGCUCACACCCUCUCCAUCUGCCACAACCCUCACCACCGCAUCCUCCGCGAAAUCCUCCACGAACUCAAAGCCGCUGCCCGACCCAGCACGCUCGCGUCCCGGCAGGACCAGCAGCAGCUGCCUCCGCCGACACCACCCGAGGUCGCGAAUCUGUCGUUCCCAUCGUCCUACGUCCCGAUCUUGGGCCCGUGCCCCGCGAAUGGGUCCGCGGCGCUUAUUAGAACGGGAGCUGAUGUGGGCGGGCUGGCGCCGGAGGAGGCGGAUUGGGUUGCGGGGAGGGAUCGGGUUGUGCCCAGCGCGUGGGAGGCGUAUUUGGAAAGUGCCGGGUUGGACAAGAUGACGCUGCCUGCUGGCGGGAGGUGGCCGAGAGUCGCCAUUGCUGCCAGUGGGGGCGGUUACAGAGCGAUGAUGAGCGGCGCCUCCAUCCUCGCCACCUUCGACGCCCGCGUCCCCUCCACCCCACACGGCGGCAUCCUCCAGCUCGCGACCUACAUCUCCGGCCUCUCUGGCGGCUCCUGGCUCCUCGGCACGCUCUACACAAACGGCUUCCCACCCCUCACCCUCCCCACCUUCUACGCCAAUUGGAACCCCUCCGCGUCCCCCCUCGAACCCGCGGGCCAGGGCAUCAGCAACGUCCCGGGCAAUGUGGACGCGUGGGCGGACUAUGUGGAGGAUGUGAAGAUGAAGCGCGAUGCGGGGUUUGAAGUCAGCAUCACGGAUCUGUGGGCGAGGCUGUUGGCGGAGUAUCUGCCGCCGAAUGUGGGGGCGAGUUCGGGCGGGAAGAAAGGGUAUACCCCACGGUGGAGCCAGGUGGCGAGGAUUCCGGCAUUGAUGAAUGCGAGUGUGCCGUUGCCGAUUGUGGCGACUGUGCAGAGGACCGAGGGCGAGGAGAGGGUUACUGUUAUGGCGAAUGUUUGGGAGAGUACACCGUUCGAGACGGGAUCGUCCAAUGUCCCUGUGAACUCGUACAUCAAGACUCGCUACUUGGGGACGUUCCUCGACAGUGGCGUCGCUACGCAGCCUCCUCCUCCCCACGGCGGUGCGAGAAGCCCAAGCACCCAACCCUGCGUCCUCAACUUCGACCAAACCUCCUACAUCAUCGGCACCUCCUCCUCCCUCUUCAACCUCGCCAUCGACUCCCUCAUCACCUCCCACUCCCUCCUCUCCCCGCUCGCCACCCUCAUCGCCACCACCGGCCGCGACACCGCCCUGAUCCCCAACCCCUUCCACAACCUCACCACCGUCAACGCCUCGAUCGCGGAUCCGUACACGGUGGAACUCGUCGACGGCGGCGAAGCAGGUCAGAACGUGCCCCUCUGGCCGCUCCUCCAGGCGUCACGAGCAAACGACGUGAUCCUCGCCGUGGACUCCAGCAACGACGUCGCGGGGUACCCCAACGGCACGUCGCUGGUCAUCGCCGCGCAGUACGCCGCCUGGAAGGGCCUCGCGCACCGCUUCCCGCCCGUGCCCUUCACCCCCGAGGCCGUCGUCGCGCAGCGCAUCCACCAGAAAGUCACCGCGUUCGGGUGCGCCGGCCUCGCCCGCAACACCGGCGGCGGCCCCGCGGGGUACAACGGCCCGAUGGUCGUGUACAUCCCGAACAGGUUCGCGACGGCCCCGACGAACGACUCGACGUUCAAGAUGGAGUAUACGUUUGAGGAGGUCCGCGGGUAUUUCGCGAACGGGGCCGCGGCCAUGGCGGAUCGGAGCAACGGCGGGUGGGUGAAGGAGGCUAAUGCGACGGAUGCCAGGACCUGCGUCGCCUGCAUCCUGACCGCGCCACUAUACCGCAACGGGAGCAUCCCGACACCGGCCGUGUGCGUGCAGUGCUUGAGGGAUUGGUGCUGGGACGGGAGUAUGGUGGGUGAGGUCGGAGGGGUGGGCACGCCGGUGACGAGGAACUAUAAUGGGCAGGGCCCGGCGCCGGUGAUUCCGGUGGAUUCGGCAAGCCCGAGUGCGGGAAGUAGGGGGAAGGUGGUGAGGGGGUGGGGGGUAGGGGUGGGGGUUGUGUUGGGGUUGGUUUAUGGGUUUGCUGGAUAG